CUUGGGCUCAAAAAAGAAAAGUUAAAAACGCCUUGUUAAAAAGCCUUGGAUGAGUAAAGGAAGUAGACGAACCCUGCGGUCCGUUAUUUCUGACUGCGAUUUAGUCGCUGUUUAACCACCAAACCGAACGUUAGUGGUGUCAGCGCGUCAGGAAGAAUCGUUGUCGUUGAAAAAUCCAUUUCAGUUUUAAAAUGAACGCCAUUUUUAUCUUUUCGAUGCUAAUAGCGUGUGAUACCAUCGGCAUUUCAGUUGGUCAACGAAGCAAUGGUGUUACUGAUGAUGCUUUACUAGAGAUCUCUAGUCGCUUAUAUGGAAUGGACGUAAAUGGUGCUUACGAUCAGCUGGAACUUAAUCUUCAGACUAAAACAUCCUCUGGCAGUCGCGUUGACAAAGCACCACUUCCAUUGUUUAAAAACGGUAUACCAAAGGAUGUUUUCGCCCGCCCAACGUACGCAAAGCUGUUAGCGCUGUUUGACAAUUACCUUGCAUCCGUGAAUGAGACGGAACAAGUAACUCCUCAGGAGAGAGCCGAAGAAACCGCUUUCUUCGAUGCGUUAUUUGGAACAGCCGUCAUUAAAGCAACCCACCAGUUUCUAGUCUCCAAAGGUCUAGCACAACCCAAUGUUGAACUCUUCAAGGAACAAAUGAAAAACAUUUGGUUCGGUCUUUAUCAACGGGCACCUGGAAAACAAGGAUCAUCAGGCUUCGAACACGUCUUCUUGGGCGAAUUCAAAAACGGAAUUUCUGGCCUUCACUCUUGGGUUCGAUUUGUGACUGAAGAAGCCAAGGGAGAUCUAAACUAUCUCGGAUAUACAAGGGUUUUGUCUCUUGGCAAGGGCCCUGUAGGCUUAAUCGAAUUACCAAUGAAGUAUCAAGGAGUGUUUAAACCACAUUCAACACUGAUGAUUGGCAGUAGCCCAGAACUCGAGAUUGCACUUUACAGCAUUUGUUUUAUGGCGAGACCCGAUUCUUUGUGCCCAAUCAAGGGACAAGUCGCCAACGGUAGAACUACUCAGUAUAGCAUUCAGACAUUUGUUUCGAAAUUUCAUGGCCGACAAUUCGUGGGAUCUGCUUUUCCUACAUUCUAAUCUCAUCUUCGUUCUUCCAAUGUGUUACCGCAAUCGCACAUUGAACCAUUAGGAUUAGAGUAAAAAUUUCAUAUUUGGUCUACAUCUACUUCCUCGCUUACAGAUCUUAUUAAAAGCUCUACGGUGUAACGCACGCAAUGCAUUUAUAGUUGCAAAAAUACCACAAAAGAACAAUUUCAAUGGAAAUGUUUGAGAAAAAAUAAACCUAUAGACAAGA